UAAUAUAUAUAUUCAUUAGAGGUAAGUGAUACGCUUCCAAUCAUAAAGUCAACUUUAAAAAAAAUGGAGCCGUUAUAAAUAAAUUUGUAUAAUUUAAGUCCCUUAUCGAAGGAGGCCUCGAAAAUUAUAUAAAUAUUUUUUAAUCGUUUUAUUUUGGCGCGAAGAUGACAAAUCCGUGAACGGAAACUACACAUUUACCAUAGAUUUUGACUAAUUCCACUAUAUUUUUAAGCAAUUCAAAAGCUCACAUUAUUAUAUCAAGGUGAAAAAUGUCCAAAUAGAAAACAUGUACUUUUAGUUAUUCGAAACUGGACUUACACUUUUGUCGUACCAAUAAGUGCAGCCAGAGGUCAAAUUGCAGCUCUGUUAGUUACAAGUAACAACAAAAAUUUGUUUUGUUUACGAAAAACAGAAAUCAAAAAUCAUAUUUUCGUAAACAUAGUUAGUCAAGAUUUUCUCAUACAUAAGCUUUAAUUAUUAAUUUAAAGCCCGUGUGAGACUAGUCAUGUCUAUGAUACCUUUCUUUCCAUCGUUGCGACCACAAAUUGCAAAUCGCAUUUGGUUCGAAACUAAUACUCCACCAAGCGAAGAUGAUGUUUUGCGUUAUGAGCGGGAUCAUGAUAAUUGGAAGGAAUCUAUAAAAAAUGCGGCAAGUGAUAUUCCGCCUCUAGGUAAAGUUUUAACAAGACCAGGGCCUGAAACUGAUGACGAAGAUGCUAACGAUGAUAGCGAUGAUUCGGAUACACACGAUGAUGAUGAUGAUACAAAUGACAGAGCUAUUCCUGGUCAGCCAGAGCAUUCUGCACUUUAUUCGCCUGGUGAUGAUGCUAACCCAAUUAAUGAAGAUGUGCCAACAACAGUCGACACUUUGUAAACCGUUUUUCUUUCCUUGUGGCUGUUUAAUUUUUUUAUGAAGUAGAAUAAUAAUUUAAUUUUGCAAAUCUGAAAAGAGUUUAUUUAUGUAGUAGGAUUUUCAACUAAAAGAGCAAGCCGAUUUUAUAUCGGCCACUUAACAUUUAACAUAGCUUAGAAACCGCAAAAUGCCGCUUCGCCUGGAAUUUUCAUUGAAGUUUCCCAAAUAUAAUAUUAAGUACAUUGUGGCUGUGAGGGCAGUUUGUGUUAUAUCUCUCAUAACCAGGACGAGUAUACCACUAAUCGAUAGAGUUUGUUCUUUCAUUGUUUUAAAUAAGUUUAAGUUUUUGCGUUGUUGGUUUUAAUACAUUGACGGUUAAUAUCUGCCUGUGGAUGUCUUUAGGUAUCGCUUUGCCAGCUAGCAUGUACUAUCAAUGCACCAAAUGAGUGUAUAAGUUCCUUAAAUGUUCGGUGUUACAUACCGCUGGUCCAAAUACUGAAAGACCAGUAAACCAAGUACCAGUAUUUACUAAAAAAAAAACAAAACAUUUACAAAUUUUGUAUCUAAUAAUUAUUUAUUUCUUAUAUAUGUGUUUUUGGUUUUUAAGCGGGUCUUAAGUACUUUCAAUAAAAAAUCAGACUUACAUUUGUAAUUUCUCUAUAUUAUUUAAAUUUCAUCUACAGUAAAACAAAUUUGGUAUUUAAAGAUUGUAACGUUAAUUUUUUGACAAUAUUAGUAACAGAUUCUUGGAAAUUGUUUGAGCCAGCAAUUAUAAAAACUAAUUCUAUGUCGUUAUCGACAAUUCCUUUGCAUAUAUCACUCAAUUCAGAUUCAGUCAAACGACAUAAAUAAGCCUUUUCUUUAUACCACAAUUUUUUUUGAAACCAGGUACAUUCUCCACUGCAUUCAACUGUUUUACACAUACUUUGCGGACAUUUCUGAUGUGCGAGAUAUAUGCGACUUUUAUAGUUCCAAUACUUAUUGAAGUCUCGUAACGCCCCUCGAAAGAAAGCAUGUUCUAUAUCUUUAUAACAUGCUAAUUGAAAAACCUGACUAAAGUCUUCUUCAUUGUCCAGGAUAUCUUUAACAAUGCGGAUGGUUGCUGCAAUGGCAACGCCUUGCGUUAUAAUAAAAACAUUGCGUUCAGUUUUAGUGUUACUAAAAUAUUCAUAAGCACCUAUAGGACCACGAAAUUCGACAAAAUCACCAAUCUUCACAUCUUUAAUAAAUCGAGACAUUUCACCAUUAGGGGUGAGAUUUACAAGGAUUUUGAAUUCCAUCGCCAUAGUUUCCACCCAAAAAGGAGAAUAGGGUCUUAAGCACACUAAACCAGUAGGUAAACGGUGACGCAUCAUUACGUGACAACCUACUGGUAUCACCAAAGCGAAAUCCCCCACACCGUCUGGCAACUCAGAAACACAAAAAUGAAGCUCAAUUACUUCGACUAUAUCACAAUUUCCAUUACCAUCGUCUCUGCCCAUGGGGUUAUGUGGAUAUUUCCUUAGGAGUCGAAAUUUUUGAUACUCCGAAAUAACGUUCUGUUUUCCUUCUAGAUUAUCAUUAGAAGUUUUCCGAAAUCCCACAUUUAACACACAAUUGGCACAGCCAUUACCGCAGCAGUCACUCUCACUUAUCAUAGUUUGAUCCAUUAUAUCCCAAUUUGUGUAACAAGAUAAUUUCUCCCAUCAGUUGUUUCCAUAUUCUUUAUCGAUUUAUGCAAUUGAGACUGAUUUGUUUUCAAAUAGUGAAACAAUCUCAUGAUAUAAAAACAAUUGAUAAAAACUUCGAAUGGCACAGACGUUCUAUGAUAAGUUGAUCACAGCUAACAGCUGAUGGUUGACUUUUCAAUGACACCUCAUAGCCUUUUUUGACGUUCUCGUCUAUUGGCAUGCAUGUUCUUGACAGAUAAAUAAACAAUAACAGUGAUAUUCUUGAAGAGUUUUUAUAAGUAAUAAAAUUUAUAUCUAAAAUAAAUUAACUAAAAACCAAAAUAUCUUAUGCAACUUUUACGAUAUUCAAUCCUUUAUACAUUAAAGAGAUCAGUUGAGAUUAUAAAUCAACAACGUGUUCUACAUACGUGCGGUGGUAUGGCCUGUAGUCGAUUUGAAUAUGUUAAAAACUACGAACAGGACGACAGCAUUUUACCAAAUGUCUGGAUUGUGAUACGUUUGGAUGGCAAGGGAUUUCAUAAAUUUUCUAAAGCACACGAAUUUGCUAAACCUAACGACAUAAAUGCGCUUAAUUUGAUGAAUAUCGCCGCGAUAACAGUAAUGGAAGAAUUUCGCGAUGUCAUACUAGCUUAUGGCCAAAGUGAUGAAUACUCAUUUAUAUUCCGAAAGGAAACUAACGUUUUCCAUCGACGAGCAGCGAAACUUCUCACAUAUGUAACCAGUUUAUUCACUUCUGCCUACGUAUUUAACUGGAAUCAUUGGAUGCAUCACAAAACUUUACAGUAUCCUCCAUGCUUCGAUGGCCGAGUUGUAUUAUACCCAUCAGAUCAAAACUUACGCGACUAUCUCAGCUGGCGACAAGCGGACGUACAUAUUAAUAAUUUAUACAAUACUGCUUUUUGGAAUUUAGUAUUACAAUCGGGACUAAGCAAUCAAGAAGCUGAAGCUGAGCUUCGCGGUACAUUCUCUGCGGAUAAAAAUGAAAUGCUUUUUACUAAAUUUGGUAUUAAUUAUAACAAGCUUCCCGCCAUCUUUCGCAAAGGUACUAUACUAUUAAGAAAGCGGGUGAAAAUCAGCGACAAUGAUGGUUUAAAUAGACAACUAAUUGUACCCGUGCACGAUGAUAUGAUACGUGAAAAAUUUUGGAAAGAUCAUACUGAGUUAUUGGGCAAAUAUAAGCCUGGCGACUACGUAUCUAGCUUUGAUGAUUUAUCACCGGUACUAAAAUCUCAAAUAGAAAAGCUGAGCUCUGGAUAUGAAAAACCACAAAAUAUAGAAAUUUCAAGCUAGCACAAUACUUUUACAAAAUUUGUAUCUAAUUAGAGAACAAAGUAAAACAUAUUAUUAUUUAAUUAAACAUUAAAAACUUUUAUGUAUGUAUCAUUUACGAUAUAAAUCCACUUAUAAUCCUCAGCUGUAGGCUCUUAAAUCUAAUGCUUUUUAAACGCGAUUAGUAUUCUUCAUCGUCGUCAUCGUCAUCUUCUAAACCACCUCCGCUACUGCUAGACUUCAUUUGUCGAUGCAAUAAUUCAGCAUUUUGUUGAACAGAAGACGCUUGCAUGCUAAUCCAUUGUUGUUGCUCUUCACGUGCUUGCUCUUCGCGAGCUUUAGCGAAUAGUUCCUGUUGUUGCCGCAGAAGUUCCUCUUCAGGUAUACCAAGAUUUUCAAGUCGUGUACUUUGACGUCGCCGUUUGGCGGCAACUUCUUUGCAAUCAUUCAAAACGGCCUCUGCUUCCUGUUUAUAAUCACAGAAACCCAAACGAUCAAGAGCUUCUAAUACAUGCUCUGCAUUAAUAGUCUUUUUAUUACGUCUGUUGCAUACAUCGUUAGCUUCUGAAGAAAUUAGGUGUAUAAACUCAGUGCAGCAAUUAAGUAUCAAUUCUCGACUCUCAUUCGCAACGCGUACGGAUGGUACCAGCUCUUUAAUAAUUUUGUUAAUACUUGCUCUCGGCAAUGUCAAGUCAUCAUCCUCUGUAGGUGGUGGGCACAGCUCAUCUUGUGGAUCUGCCAUUUAUUACUAAUAUUUAUUGCGUUAGUUGUCAAAAUUUCAAAAAUACUUUAUAAUUCGGACUUAUAAUUACAAUAUGGAUUAUAUUAUAAAAUAAACAAACAUAUACUGUUAUAUUUUGUGUACUGAUUGACAGCAACUUUAUUUUCCAAAAAAUUCUACACAAGUGUCAAAAAUGACAAUCUGUCAAAUAAAAAUAUCCUUCAGUGUUGCAAAGCCAUUAAUAAUAAUAGUGGGUUUUUCAUAGUUUUUUUAAACGUUGAAAAAUAAUAUUUUAAAUAAAUAAGAACGAGACAGACAGAAACCUCAAUAUCAAAAACAUUCUAGAGAAAUGUCAAAAAUGACAACACGGCUAACAGAAAUUCACUUAAUUAAAGUGUUGAAAAGUCCAAUUAGGUAUAAUAAUACUGCUUUUAUAGUUGAACAUUUAAAAAUAAUAUUUUUAUUAAACCAAAAUCGGUACUACAAUCACAACAUAUUUAUAUACUCGAAACAUUUUGCAAUGGCAGACCGCAGAUAUUCUUGAAGGCCCAUAAAUUUCCCUUUUUAAGGGUAGUUGGCCAACACUGAUCCCAACUUACAUAAGAUGAAAUUCACAACACCAUUUUCUGUCAAUUGCUUCGUGUCGUGAAAAAUUUGUAUUCUGCACGGUCCGGAACUUCAACUUAGCAAGAUGAUGAUGCAGCGUGCUAACAUUUUGAUCCCAGUUGCCAUUGAAGCGACUUUACAGUCGCAGCCGCAGCGCGGCAUGGCUACUCUGAAAUCCAUCUCGAUCCGUUUGAAGUCCGUAAAGAACAUUCAGAAAAUUACGCAAUCCAUGAAGAUGGUGUCAGCUGCCAAAUAUUCGCGUGCUGAACGCGAUUUAAAGGCUGCUCGCCCUUAUGGUGUUGGUGCACAACAAUUCUUUGAGAAAACCGAAAUCCAGUCAGAAGAUAAGGCUGAGCCAAAGAAGCUGUUGGUUGCUAUGACUUCUGAUCGUGGUCUAUGCGGUGCGGUGCAUACGGGUGUUGCCCGUUAUAUCCGUAACGAACUUGCUAAAGAUGAUUCCAAUACUAAGAUAUUCUGUGUUGGUGACAAGUCGCGUUCAAUUUUGUCACGCACCUAUGGCAAGAACAUUUUGAUGGUUGCCAACGAGAUCGGUCGUCUGCCACCCACCUUCCUUGAUGCUUCAAAAAUUGCUCAUGAAGUAUUAAAGACCGGCUAUGAUUUCACUGAAGGUCAAAUAGUCUAUAACAAAUUCAAAUCAGUCGUUUCAUAUCAGUUGUCUACGCUGCCUGUAUACAAUGCACCAACCGUAGAGAAAUCUGAGAAGUUGGCACUCUAUGAUUCACUUGACAGUGAAAUUGUGCAGAGCUACUUGGAAUACUCGCUAGCUUCAUUGAUAUUCUAUACCAUGAAGGAAGGUGCUUGUUCCGAACAAUCUUCCCGUAUGACUGCCAUGGACAACGCGUCCAAGAACGCCGGUGAAAUGAUUGAGAAGCUCACACUCACAUUCAACCGUACCAGACAGGCUGUCAUCACUCGUGAGUUGAUUGAAAUCAUCUCUGGUGCUGCCGCUUUGAAUUAAAAAAUUUAAAACGAUCGAAGUAAUAAAUGGAAAAGUUUCGAAAGAAAUGUUGGUUUUACGUUUUCGGAAUGCGGUAUUUAACGAAAUAGCGAAUUUUUCGCCAUAAGUUAAAAUUUGAAAUAAAAUGUAAUAAACAAAUAAAACUUAUAGUGAAUGUCUUUAA